AUGGAAGAGUUGGGGAUUGUAUUGCCGGAGAAGGAGGAGACCUUCGGAACGGAUGCCAAACAUCUGGUGACCACUUCUUCGACGCCGACUCACGAGAACGAAGAUUUGGACGAUCUGUACGUGAAGUAUAAGAAACUUCAGCGACAGUUGGAGUUCCUCGAAGUCCAGGAGGAGUACAUCAAAGAUGAACAGAAGAACCUGAAGAAGGAGUACCUUCACGCUCAGGAGGAGGUGAAACGUAUUCAAUCGGUUCCGCUAGUGAUCGGCCAGUUCUUGGAGGCGGUCGACGCCAACACCGGGAUUGUCGGCUCUACCACUGGAUCUAAUUAUUACGUGAGAAUCUUGAGUACAAUCGAUAGGGAACUGUUGAAGCCGUCGUCGUCGGUGGCGCUACACAAACACAGCAACGCUUUGGUGGACGUCUUGCCGCCCGAAGCCGACAGCAGUAUCGCAAUGUUGAGACCCGACGAGAAGCCAGACGUGACUUACGCCGACAUCGGAGGCCUCGACAUCCAGAAGCAGGAGAUCCGGGAAGCGGUUGAGUUGCCAUUGACUCACUUCGAACUCUACAAACAGAUCGGAAUCGAUCCGCCGCAAUUGAUUCACUUCUUUGUCGACGUGACUUACGCCGACAUCGGAGGCCUCGACAUCCAGAAGCAGGAGAUCCGGGAAGCGGUUGAGUUGCCAUUGACUCACUUCGAACUCUACAAACAGAUCGGAAUCGAUCCGCCGCGAGGGGUACUGAUGUACGGACCGCCCGGUUGUGGCAAAACAAUGUUAGCCAAAGCGGUGGCCCAUCACACGACCGCUUCCUUCAUACGAGUGGUCGGCUCUGAAUUCGUGCAGAAAUACUUAGGCGAAGGCCCGCGAAUGGUUAGGGAUGUGUUCCGAUUGGCCCGAGAGAACGCUCCGGCCAUCAUA